AUGACUUCCUACGAGAAGAGCGGCUAUGAUGUCGAGUACCAGUACCCUGCCACUUCGGGCGAAAAGCACCACUCGGUGCUCCCUCCGGACAACUCAGGCGCCGUCCAUGGAGAGUCAUUUGUCGUCGGCGACUCCACUUAUGCAAAGCUGCAACGUCUUGCCGGACGGUUCCAUAUCGAACAGCGAGGUAUUGAGCGAGUCCCCGAAGAUGAACGGACGGACAAGAGCACUUUCAAAGUUGGUACCAUGUGGCUUGCUGCCAACAUGGUCGUUUCUUCCUUCGCCAUUGGUGUCCUCGCUGUUCCCGUCUUUGCCCUCGGCUUUGUCGACUCAGUGCUUACGAUUUUCUUCAUCAACCUGCUGGGUAUUUUGCCGGUCUGCUUUUUCUCCACCUUUGGCCCUCGAUUCGGCAUGCGCCAGAUGAUCCUGGGGCGAUUCUGGUUCGGAUAUUACGGAGUCAAAAUCCUCGCGGUCUUCAAUUGUCUGGCGUGUCUUGGCUGGUCUUCUGUCAAUGUCAUUGUGGGCGCCCAAUUCCUGCGCGCAGUCAACGACAACGUACCACCGGCAGCUGCUAUUAUCAUUCUUGCAGCGGGAACCUUUUUCAUCACUUUGUUCGGCUACAAGGUCGUGCACUGGUACGAGAUGAUCUCCUGGGUUCCGUGCUUCAUUAUCUUCCUCAUCACCUUGGGUGAGUUUGCUCAUCGAGGGGACUUCGUCAACAUUCCCAUGGGUAGUGGCGAAGGCGAGGCAGGGUCUAUCUUGUCCUUUGCUGCUUCGAUAUUCGGGUUCGCCACAGGCUGGGCUUCCUACGCCAGCGACUACACAUGCUAUCAACCUGUCGACACGCCGCGGACCAAGGUCUUCUUCUACGUCUUCUGCGGGCUUAUGUUCCCUCUAUGCUUCACCCAGAUGCUGGGCGUGGCCAUUGCAACGGCGAUCCCCACGAACCAAGCGUACGCGGACGCCUACGACAAGAAUGCCGUUGGAGGUCUUUUACAUGAGGUGCUUGUUCCGCGUUUGGGCGGCUUCGGGGAAUUCUGCCUUGUCAUUCUGGCUCUUUCGACGCUCGGGAACAACGCACCCAACAUCUACUCUCUCACGUUCUCUUUGCAGAUCCUUACGCACUAUGCGCAAAGAGUCCCGCGGUUCCUUUGGACGCUCGUUGGAACCGUCGUUUACUGCGCCAUUGCAAUUCCGGGCUUUUACCAUUUCGAGUCAGUGCUGGAGAACUUCAUGCUGGUCAUUGGCUACUGGCUUGCCAUCUACGAAGGUAUCGCUUUGCCAGAGCACUUCAUCUACAAGCGCGGGUUCUCUGGCUAUGUCCCGGCGAAUUACGAUCAGCCGAAAAAGCUGCCUCCGAGCAUUGCUGCCCUGAGCGCAUUCCUUUUCGGUGUGUUGGGUGCUGCGAUGGGGAUGGCCCAGGUAUGGUACAUCGGUCCCAUUGGGAAGCUGAUUGGAAUUGGGUAUGGUGGUGAUAUCGGAUUCGAGCUCGCAUUUUCGUUUACUUUCGUGACGUAUGUGCCGUUCAGAUGGUUGGAGAGGAGAUAUUUCCACCGAUAG